AAUUUCGUCGGGUUACAGUUUUCUUCUUCUUCAUCCUUCUCGCCGUCGUCCAGCCUCAUACGCCACCGCAUCGCCGUCGAACAACCACCGACGCCGCCUCGUCACUGUCCAACCUUCGUGAGAUGGCAUGGCUUGUGGCUACUCUUUCACUGAUUGUUAUCUGGGUCGCUUCUAUAUUCAAAGUUUUCUUUGGAGCAACGUCUAGUUCCAAAGCUGCGGUUCUUGAUGAUGGUAACAAGAAAAAUGUGUUGUUUGUCAUCGCGCAUCCUGAUGAUGAGUCAAUGUUCUUUUCUCCAACAAUAAACUACUUAGCUUCCAGUGGCUACAACCUUCACAUGUUAUGCUUCUCCACUGGAAACGCUGAUGGCAUGGGAAGCAUUAGGAAAGACGAGCUGCAUCAGGCUUGUGCAGUGCUCAGGGUAUUAUCGAAAUUGUCAAAGAAGGGAUCUAUGAUAAUUUUACUUGUUAUUGAAGUGAAGAAGGUGUUUUUGCUAAUAUAUAUAUCGAAUGUGAUGCAGGUUCCUCUUGAACAGUUAAAAGUUCUGGACCAUCCAAAUUUACAGGAUGGUUUUGGGCAAGUAUGGAGCCAUGAUUUGUUAGCAAAGGUCAUCGGUGAAGAAGUCAGUAAUCACGAUAUUCACACGAUCAUAACAUUUGAUAACUAUGGUGUUUCUGGUCAUUGCAAUCACCGUGAUGUGCACCAUGGAGUAUUAAAGUUCUUGCAGACUAAUUCCGAAAGAAAUAUCAAAGCUUGGGAACUCGCAAGUCUUAAUAUCUUUCGCAAGUACUCUGGACCUAUCGACAUUUGGCUGUCAAUUUUCUCCUCCAAAAGAAAUCCGAGCAAGGCCAUCAUCAUAAACGAGCAGCCUUGGAAAAGCUAUAAAGCAAUGGCACAACAUUUAAGCCAAUGGGUUUGGUUCCGAAAGCUUUUUGUUUCGUUUUCAAGCUAUACAUACGCAAAUACACUUGAUAGGAUCAACACUUAACCGGUUAACACUUGAUGACUGCCGUAUUCAUACAGCUCUUGUCUGAGGCAAACGCGAAACAGUUUUGAACAAAAGAUGUAGCUUUUAAUGUUGCAUCAAUAUUAUAAAGGGAGAAAAUUACAUUUCUGAAAAUUACUCUCGUAUGUAAACACAGCCACAACCUUAUUUUUUUUUCCUUUAGAAUUUUAAACAAUGUACAUAUAUAUUUUAUUCGAGGGUAAUAUAGUUUUCGCAGAAGAAAACAAAUUCAUAGA